GGGUGGUGCCGCCGCGCUGCCAUGGCAACGGCGCGGGCCGGGCGGCGGGCGGGCGGUGCGGGUCGCACCAUGUCUUCGCUGGCCGAGCCCCGCGUCUCGCGGGCGCCCUCCCGCUCCCCAGCACUGUCCCCGGCCCCCGGCCCGUCGCGCGGCGGCGGGGAGCGGCGCAGGGGCGGCUCGGGCGCCAGCAGGGACCGCGACGCCGUUCAGGAUACACAGUUACGAUCAAUGGAUCUGAAUCAUGUCAUCAAACUGCUCGAAGAUUCAGAGUCAAAAGAUUUGCAAAAAGAACAGCUGAAAACUCUCAAGAAGGUAGUCAAGCGUUUUGAAAAUGGGUUUCCUCUUGAGAAUUUAGCACAAAUAAUUGAAAUUCUUAACCUGUGUGCAGAAAAAGUGAAUGAACAAGAAGCUUUCACCGAGCAUUUAUGUGAACUUAUUAAAUUAUGUGGGUUACCAUUUCAUAAAAAGAAAUUCUCUGACGAAGUAAGCUAUUCCGUCACAGUUUCAAAAUCCAUUGCACAACUGGGUUAUUUGAUGAGGGUGCCAAGCUCUCAAGUCAGAAUACAAAUCUGUAAGUGUGUUAUUAGCUUUUAUAAUACGGAGCUACCAAGAAAACUAGUUUCAGGUUACCAGCCAACAAGUGCAAACUACAAAAUUCAGAUGGCUGAAUUAGGUGGAUUAGCAGAAACCCUCGUUUUGUCACUAGCAUUAGUUGAAAAUCAACUUACUGAGAAGUUGUGGGUACUUAAAGCUCUCCAGCAUCUCUGCAGCUCUGGAGUAAAUUGCAGACUUAUGAUGAAGGCCCAAGCAGCCAGCAGGCUCUGUUUGUAUCUAAAUGGUGUUGAUCCCUCAGGACAGCUGGUGUUCCGCUCCUCAGAAAUCCUAUGGAACCUAUUAGAAAACAGCUCAAAAGAAGAAGUUGCUAAUCAGCUCAGUAGCUUCGAAUGUGUAUAUGCUUUAAAAGAAGUAUUUGUAAACCUCCUCAUGCGUGGUUUCCGGCACUAUGAUCGUCAGCUACGGAAUGACCUCUUGGUAAUUGCCACAUUACUAGCUGAAAAUCCUGCAGCACCUAUGGUUGAAAGUGGAUUUGCAAAGCUGUUAAUAGUACUUGCAACAUUUACUGAAGUUAAAAUUCCCAAUCCUUUGGUAAAAGGUCUUAAACUUAACUACUCUUAUGAGGACUUUGAGAUGAAGAAGUUACUAUUUAAUGUAAUAGGAGUCUUAUCUAAAGACCCAUGUGCUGUACAGCUUCUCAGUGAAAAUGAUGUGAUGCCAGCUUUGCUUUAUUACGUAAAACCAAAUCAAAAGCCUGGAUUUCAUAAGUGGUCUGCUGCCCAAUAUGAAGAAUUACAGCUUCGUGCAAUUGCUGUUUUAGCUUCAGUGGCUCCCUUGUUAGUGGAUAAAUAUUUGUCCUGCCAAGCAAAUACUCUUCUCCUUGUGUUUCUAGAAUGGUGUAUAGGCCAAGAUCCUUUCUUUGAUCAAGGUAACUUCCAUGGAACAAGUGGUCGUGGCAACAAACUUGCACAAAUGCGCUACAGCCUCAGAGUGCUGAGAUCUGUUGUGUCCCUUUAUGAUGCUGCUGUGAAUCUUAAUUUGUGUGACCAGGGAGCAAUUAACCAGCUACUGGACAUCCUGAAGUAUGCAGCAAACAAAUCUAAAGAGACAGAAGAUGCCAUUCUACUGGAAAUCCAAGCUGAUAUAUUAUUUAUUUUAUCAGCUCUCUGUGAAAAUGAUCUCCAUAGAAAGGAACUCUUCAGCUAUGAAGGAGUAGAUAUACUUAUCCCAUUCAUUCAGAUGGAUCCAAAGAAGUUAUAUAGUGGAUUAGGCCAUAAUCGUCUCCUCUUCAGUACACUCGACUGCUUAUGGUCCUGUGUCAUUGGAUGUUACAAAGCAGAGGAUUAUUUUCUUGAAAAACGGGGCAUUUUUCUGCUUCUGGAUUUGUUGGCAUUAAAGCAAAAGAACCUGUACAGUGUGAUUCUUGGAAUCUUGGUUGAAUUUUGCAACAACCCUAAAACCAUUUCGGACAUCAGUAUCUGGCGAGGGGAGAAAGAUCAAACAGCAGCUAACCUUCUAAUACAGUUAUGGAGACAGGAGGAGUUGGAGCUUGGACUCAAACGUGAUCGGUAUGGAAGGGUUGUUGACAUGAAGAGACCUAUUGCUAGCAGCUUCCAGAAACAGCAAGAGGUCAUCCCCAUGCCUUCCAACUGUCCCAGCUUUGCUGUCAUGGAAAUCUCAGAAAGCAUACGGGCAAAACUUUAUUUAUUAUUAUGCAUGCUAGGUUUUGAAAAUUUACCUGGCUUAUCUGCUGAGGAUUUUGUCACACUUGCUAUCAUAAAGCAUUAUAUUGACUUUAAAGUUGGAGAAGUUUGGAGUGAACUCUAUGCAGAACUAAAAGAAGAAUUCAGGCCUGUUGAGUCGGAUGAGGAAGCCUUGGAAGUUAUUUUAGAGUUAUCAGAAGAUACUGGAAGAAAAGUUGCUGCUCUGCAGACUGAAGUGCUUGAAAGUCAAUAUCGCCAAGAAAUCCAAGAGGAGCAUAAAACGUAUGCAAAGAUCAUAGCUACCCAUAAGCAGAAAGAAAUAGUAAAUAAAUCUUGGGAAAAUUUCUUGACUCGGACAUCAAACUAUGAGGCAUUGAAGAAAGCUAAAAGGCUUCAGGAAAAAGCAAUAGAGGCUUCCAGGUCUAAAUCAAAGACUCAAAAUGGACCAGUCCAUUCUACUGAAAUUAAAGGCAUCGGUACCACAUAUGGCAACUUCAUAGACGACUUACGGGUCUACGUGAGAGGAGGGACUGGUGGAAUGGGUUAUCCGCGCCUAGGUGGGGAAGGAGGAAGAGGUGGUGAUGUCUGGUUCAUCGCCCGAGAAAAAACUACUCUAAAGAACAUUAGAGACAGGUAUCCUCAGAAGCGAUUUGUAGCUGGAGCAGGAGCCAACAGCAGUGUUAGAGCACUAAAAGGUGAAAAAGGAAAAGAUUGUGAAGUUCACGUGCCUCUGGGAAUUUCAGUGUUGUGUGAUGAUGGGAAGCAGAUUGGAGAGCUUAAUGCAGCAGGAGAGAGAUUCCUAGCAGCUCGCGGAGGUCAUGGAGGCUCUUUGGCCACAAACUUCGUGCCUUGCAAAGGUCAGAGGCGAAUUGUUCGUCUUGAUUUGAAACUUAUAGCCGAUGUUGGCUUAGUUGGGUUUCCAAAUGCAGGAAAAUCAUCCUUGUUAAGCAAAAUUUCUCAUGCCAAACCUGAGAUUGCGAGUUAUGCAUUUACAACAAUACAGCCUGAACUAGGAAAGAUCAUGUAUGCAGAUUAUAAGCAGAUUUCAGUAGCUGAUCUCCCAGGACUGAUCGAAGGUGCACAUGCAAACAAAGGGAUGGGCCACAAAUUUCUCAAACACGUAGAAAGAACCAAGCAGCUUCUAUUAGUUGUUGAUAUUUCUGGGUUUCAGCUGUCUAUUAAGACUCAGUUCAGAACAGCCUUUGAAACUGUGUUGCUCCUAACAAAGGAACUGGAGUUGUACAAAGAGGAACUUCUAACAAAGCCUGCACUUCUUGCCAUUAAUAAAAUGGAUUUGCCCUGUGCAAAGGAUAACUUGAAUGAAUUUAUGAAACAACUAAAGAAUCCUCAAGACUUCUUCCACUUACUACAGGAAGAAAUGAUUCCUGCAAAUACGCUUGAAUUCAAAGAUAUAAUUCCUAUAUCUACAUAUAGUGGAGAAGGAAUUGAGGAACUAAAAGCAUGUAUAAGAAAAUCCAUAGACGAGGAAGCAGAGCAGGAGAAUGAAGAAUAUCGGAAAAAGAAACUACUACUUUUACAAACUUCAGGAGAAGAACAAAUGAACAGAAGCUAGCAUUCUUGGCUGGAUAAAACACAUUUUAAUAUUUUUAGUAUGUACAUGAACCUAUUGCUUAUGCAGACCUUCCAUUUAAUUUUACCACCACUGCCCUGUUCUCUGCUUCCCUCCAUUGUCACAAUUUCUGUUGGCACUUGGGUAGAGCACAGUGGGGAGAGGAAAAGGUUUUUCUGAUUUACCUUGGCUACUAACUCAACAGAGUGAAGACCAGAGCAUGUGCAACUUAAAGCACUGCCUAACAACUGAUGAUCUCUGGGGUAUUUUCUUGCCAGGUGGGAUGAAUAGAAGGAAUAUAACUUGCAGAGGUUUAGCUGAUGGAGCAAGCUCCAUCACUCUACAUCUUUUGCUAUGGACAUUAGAAGUUCCCCGGGGAAAUUUCAGGUGUAGCAAUUUUCUGGGGUCUAGUGCUUCUAAGGUGAACUAGUUCUGCUAUUUUGACAGGCAUCAGAAUGGGGGAGUGGUAGUGUUAUUUUUGAAGAACUAAAGGAAAACACAUGAAUUGCACAAAAAAAAAUCAAGGUUAAUGUGUACUGGAUUUUUCCCACACUUGCUGCUGCCUACUGUAGUCCUCUUCAAUUCUAUAAAUCCUGAUUCCAAAUUCCCAGACUCCAUUUAGGAAUCUCUCCUUUUAUGUAAUUUUGUGUAUAUGUUACUGCUUUGGUAAAGAAAAUGAUGACUGCUUUUCAACAGAGUUAAUACUUUUUUGGGAACGGUUAGUGUUCCAGGUUUUGCGUUACAACCAGGAACACACACAUCUUACUCCUUUUAAAAAAAAUUGAGUCCGUUACUAUACAGAGCAUUUUCUACUUCAAAGCCGUUAAAUUGAUUGCAAAGCAAAAUAGGACUGAAUACGUCAAAGGCUUCACAAUGUGAUCUUAUUUUGUUUCAUAAGUAUACUUGGCAAACCCUACUUUCCUACUUUUUGUUAAAGCAGUCUCUGAGAAGAAAGGUAUGAUUUCUCUUGAUCCAAUUGUUUUACUGUUAGUAUUGGCUCUGAUUCUGAUUUUAUUGUGUUUGGGACUAACAUGUUUUCAACAAAGCCAAUUAGGAGCUGUCAACAAUUUUUGAUGCCUGAUAUUUCAUAGGUGAAAAUAAGUUUUUUUGUGUCAUACUUCUUGAAUGCUAGUCUUACUUGUACACAUAAAUGGGGGGUGUUGAACGAGAGGCAGGUUGGCUUUAUUUCAGCUGGCUGUGAGGGGUCGUAUGAGGUUUAGGGAUGAAUGGAUGAUGAGUACAUGUAAUGCUGAGCCAGUCUGAGGAGCUGUAGCCUGCAAGACUAGCGCUGCAUUUCAUGGGCAGCAGCUGAGCACCCAGAGUUGCUCCCUCACCAGGACAGUGGAGGAUCCACUGAGGAAAUGGAAGGUGAUCUGCGGGUUAGGAGGGUAGUAAAAAAAAUAAAAAUGCCAAGGCAAUCACUCCCAGACUGUUCCC